AUGCAGCGACAGACUGCCACGUAUCUCGUCUUGGUCGUCCUCGCAGUGUACCUCCUCUGGCCCUCGGCGCCACCGUCCCCGCUGCGGCCGUCGCUCGUCCCGGCGGCGUCGCCUGCCGCCCUCCGCCGCUCGCUCUCUGCGGCGCGGGUGAUAGAGAUGGCAACGCAGAGCCCGCUGUACAACGUCCGCGUCCCGGACACGCCCGGGCAUGCGGCAGCCAAGGCAUGGCUCAUGGCGCAGCUCCGGCAGAUCGACGGCUUUGAGCUCACUGUCCACGAGUUUGUCGAUGAUACGCCGCUUGGGCGCAAGGCGUUUGCCAACCUCAUCGCGUCGUCCGCCCCGGAUGCCCCGCGCCGCAUCGUCCUCGGCGCCCACUACGACUCGAAGCUUUUUGAUGGCUUUGAGUUCCGCGGCGCCAUCGACUCGGCCGUUCCCUGUGCCAUGCUCCUCGAGCUCGCCGCCGGCCUCAGCCCGCUCCUUCCCUCCGCCCCGCCCGACCUCGGCUUUGACAUUGUCCUCUUUGACGGCGAAGAGGCCUUUGUCGAUUGGACGGCCACAGACUCGAUUUACGGCGCCCGUGCUCUCGCUGCAAAGUGGGCCGCCGAAGACCGCCUCGCCCGCAUCGAACUCUUUACCCUCAUCGAUCUCAUCGGCACCGGCCGCCACGUCUUCCACGACGCCCAUCCGGCCUCCUCGGGCGUCUUCAACCGCCUUGCCGACAUCGAGGCCGCAGGUCGCGCCGCCGGUUGGAUCUCCGACUAUCAGACGCCGUCGUACUUUCGUCGCGGUCCGUCGCGCAUGACCGUCGAGGACGAUCACAUCCCCUUUCUCCGCCGCAACGUCCCCGUCCUCCACCUCAUCCCAGUCCCCUUCCCCUCUUCCUGGCACACACACGCCGACUCUGCCUCGGCGCUGGAGCCCAAGCCUAUCGCCGACAUUCUCGGCAUCCUCGCCGAGUGGCUCCACUCUCUUGUCCGGCCCGCCGCCCGCCGCAACCUCCGCCCGCGCCGCCCCGCUCACGGCAUGACCAAGGACGAGUUCCUUGCUCGCAUCGGCCGCGAGUGCGACCAGUAUGCCGAUGCCUUUGAGUCGUGGGACGAGCUGUUCUCCCUCCGCGGCCUCGACAUGAAGAAGCGCAACAUUCCCGUUCGUCAGCGCCGUUGGAUCCUGCGCAAGACAGAGAUGUACCGCCAGCAGCACGAGCCAUCCGACGACUGA